AAUUGGAUAUAAUCUUCCGUUGCAUGAAUAACCAAACAUUUGAACGUGUUGUUUCCAACCUAAAGUUGGUUUUAGAACUGUCAAUAUAAAACUUCGCGAUGACGGAUACCAAAAACGAUAAAGCUAAAGUCGAUCUGGGAUUAUUAGAGGAGGACGACGAGUUUGAAGAAUUUCCUGCAGAAGAUUGGACUGCAGUGGAUGAGGACAACGAAGAUAUUAGUGUUUGGGAAGAUAAUUGGGAUGAUGAUGAUGUAGAGGAUGAUUUUAAUCAACAAUUACGAGCACAAUUAGAAAAGCAAAAGGCUCCAAAAUAAGGGAAGGGAUCUUAAAUUAUGAAUCAAAUGUUAUUAUUCAUAAGAAUAAAUAUAUAUUAGAUUUUUAA